UACCUGAAAGAUGAGCCCAAGAUUAGGUCUUUGGAUCAGUUCACUGCCGAUCCGUGGGAUAUGUUUUCCAAACCAUUGAUGACAGGAAACCGACGAAAUGAAAUGAUAAUCGCAGACAUGGAGAGCAAGUCUGAUACGGAAGAUGAGAAGUCUUCGUCACUGAUAUUGUGUGGAACUGAUAGUUGUGGUGAAGACAGGAUGAGUGUCUCUGAUCUCGAUAUCAACGAAAAGAACUCAGACUCUGGUUUGAGUUCAAGUGGCAGUAGUGUUAUCUCAUGGGACAGUUGUGACGCCCAAACUCUAGCAGCCAUUGUGUCCACUACUUUGAAACAACAACUUCAAUGUCAACCACCGAUUAAAUCAAAUAAGAAUCGAAUUAAGAGCUCUUCUUCUCGGAGAACAACUGCAAAAAUCUCCACUGACUUGAAAAACAAUUGUUCAGUAAAUCAUCAAAACAGUCACAUAAGUCAUCAUCAAUUGAAUCACUCCUCGCAUAUGAUUCGCAAACAUCAUACCGAAGACGACGACUCGACCUCCACUCUCACCCCUCCCUCCUCUCCAGAGCCACAAUUGAAAGUCAAUUUGAUUGACAGAACUGUUGAAUACUUGAGCGAAGGAACUACUGUUCCGCUCAAUAUUGUCACCGCAGAAGCCAUACCUUUGAACGACUCAUCAGUCAUUGCAAUAUCGGGUUCAUCUAAAACGGACAUGAGUUCCGACUCGCCAUCCAAUGUCUCGCCGCAGUGUAGUUCCCGAUCCAGAGGUCGCUUUGAAAUCAAUCCCGACUCCAAACGCCGUAUACAUAAAUGUCAGUUCAAUGGAUGCAAAAAAGUUUACACUAAAUCAUCCCAUCUUAAGGCCCAUCAAAGGACGCACACAGGUGAGAAGCCAUACAAGUGCUCGUGGGAGGGAUGCGAAUGGCGUUUUGCCAGAUCUGAUGAAUUGACUCGUCAUUUCCGAAAGCAUACGGGAAGUAAACCAUUCAAAUGCAGUCAUUGUGAGAGAUGUUUCUCCCGUUCCGACCAUCUGGCCCUCCAUAUGAAGCGCCACCAGUGAUGACCGAUUUGUGCCAAUUCUGCACAUAUUUGCUGUCAUUAUAACCAAAAGUUAUGUUUUAGUCAUCACUAGUGCAGUUGAGCCCUAGUCUCGCAAAUGGGAUAUAAACGAUCCCUUCAUUCCUAUCCCGAACGGGAAUGGGAACAAUAUUUUGCUUACGGGAACUAUUGGGAGCCCAACACAGGUAUCCCAUGAAAUUGUCGUUUCAAAUAAACUGCAUUACAAUAAGUUUCUACUCUAUGUGUAUAUGCAUUACUCCUAUAGACCUUUCUGUACAGUACAUCAAUUGAUACAUAUGAUGCAUAUUAUGACUAAUCUAUAAUCA